GAUCUUGGACUUUAGAAGAAUUCCCCCAGUUUCUGGACGCUUGGUGAACAUAAGCGAGGACAUUCGUGACAUUACCACAGAUAAGAAACUGUUUAAAACGUUUUUCAUCUCCCCAGCUGGCAACAUCUGUUUCUUUGGUGAGUGCUCCUACUAUUGCUCCACUGAACAUGCUUUGUGUGGCAAACCUGACCAGCUUGAGGGAUCCAUGGCAGCCUUGUUGCCUGACAAAAUAAUAGCUGGACGCCAGUCUUGGCGGAAUCCCUGGAGACGUUCCUAUUCCAAGAUCAAGAAAGCUGAGUGGGAGCUGAAUGAAAAUUACUGUGCUAAGAUUCGAAAGACACCGCCCUAUAACAACACAGCCCGGCUUCUGAAUCUCAUUGACAUGACCAUGCUUGAUUUUCUCAUGGGAAAUAUGGAUAGGCACCAUUAUGAGACAUUUGAAAAGUUUGGUAACCACACUUUUUAUCUUCACCUGGACAAUGGAAGAGGGUUUGGGAGACAUUCUCAUGAUGAAAUGUCUAUUCUGACUCCUCUUCGUCAAUGCUGCAUUAUUAAAAAGUCAACCUUCCUGCGGCUGCAACUGCUUGCUACUGAGCCUUUUCGCUUGAGUGAUGUCAUGCGUGAAUCAUUAGCUUCAGAUCCCCUGUCUCCAGUCUUAUCAGAGCCUCAUCUGGAAGCACUGGAUCGACGACUGAAAAAGAUAUUGGCUAUGGUGGAAAACUGCAAAAAGGCAGAUGGACCCAAAGAAGUAAUAGUUGAUGACUUAAAAGGAAAGCAGCAUUUUUAGUUCAGAGUAGCUAGAAAAGUGAUAGUGAUCUUACCUACAGUAGACACAAUAACCCCAACCACCUUUUUUUGUUCACUCAUGAAGAAAUUAUCUACCGUUGCUAUUUAUUGGGGAGGGGGGCAUCUAUAGUUUAUUGAGUUCCAAUAUGGAGCUGUGAACUUUGUCCACUGACAGAUCAGACAAUUUGUUUAUUUAACUAACUUCUAGAUGACCUGUUGCCUUAACAAUCAUGCACAGCAAGAAAUCAAUUCAGACUAUGGUGCCAACUUCCAGUCAAUUCGUCCAGAUUGCCUCUUGAGAGAGAAAAAAAGUAUCAGGAGUAAAAAGGGAUUGGAGGCUAGGGAGAGCGUACAGUAUCUCAUGUCACCAGUUCCUUGAAGUUGCCCAGAGGUUGCCUCUGCAGCUCUUGAUAGGAAAAAAAGUAUUUAUUUCUGACAACUGCUAGGCAAUAUUACCUACUAAGGCCUCUGGUACCAUGUUUUUCUAUUGCAUGAUCCUUUUAGAAAGGGCAAGAUGUGAACCUGGAAUUGUCUGCCUGAAAUCAUAUAAAUGGUUAUCUGAAUAAUUAGUUCCAUGUAUUAUGCAACAUUCUGCUUCAGGUAAUGACCAACUAAAUGGAAAUAUAUAUUUUGUACAGUAUGUAAACUGUUGUACAGGAACAUAACCAGUUCAUAGUGAGCCAUCCAGCCCAUAUUAUUGACCUUGACCAGUAGUGGCUCACCAGUAUUUUAGACAAUUUUCCCCCCAAGUCCUACUUGGUGAUUCCAAGAAUAAAAUUUUAGAUCUUUAGUAAAAAGAUGAAAUGCUUUAUGAUAUGGGAAGUCUACCCAUAGAGGGGAAUGUGUAAACUCAGGCAAGGCUCCUAUUGGGCAGGUAGCCUAUGGUUCUCCAAAUAUUCUUAUACAACAUCUUCAAGCAACAUCCAGAAGCACCAGCCAAUGAGACAGCCAAUGAAGGUUGCUGUUCAAAAGCAUCUUGACAGAUACAGGUUGCUUACUCCUGUCCUUGGAUAGGUGGAUUCAAAGGAAAACAUGCAUACAUAGUUACAUGAAUGAUUUAACAUGAUUGCCCAUGAAUUGGUUUUAUGGCCUUUUGGAUGGAAAGUUUUUAAAAGAAAUUAAAGAAAUACUAUUGUAGCUACUGUACAAUAACUGUAUUACAAAUUUAUUGGGAAUUUCAUGUUCUUAUUUUUCCAAGAAUAUAACAAAUGAAUGAAUAACAAAUUGUUUUAAUGAUAUUUUAGGUCUUUAGAGGGGAAAGUAGCCAAGGUAUAUUUCUACUGAAAAUGACAAGCAAAUGUGCCAUGGUUUAUUCAGGGUAUUGUGUUAACUCUAAAAAAAAAUGCAUCAUUUUUAUUAAUUGUGCCUCAGUGUUCAUACAUAUCUUUUUCAGGUUUUUCAUAGCAACAGAUUUUUUAGAUCCUGUUAAAUAAGAGUAUA